AUGCACAAUCUCUUCUUAGGCACAGCCAAGAGGAUGAUGGAGAAAUGGGUUGCAGAUGGUCUAAUUGACAAUAAAAAACUCGUUGCCAUGCAGAAAAUCGUUGAAAACAUGACAUUGCUGCCUGAUUACACCAUGCUAAGAUCAAAGAUUUCAAAGGGAUUUCCCUUUAUGAAGGCAGACGAGUGGAAAUCGUGGUGUCUGGUAUACUCUCCAGUGGUUCUACAAGGCGUACUACCAAAGCAAAAGUUUGAGAAUUGGAUGUUUUUUGUGAAUGCCUGCCGUUUCCUUACCAAGCCAAAUGUUUCCGAAGAUGAUGUACAGUCAGCACACAUAGCACUUGAGAAGUUCGGUAAAGGUUGUGAAAGGCUGUAUAGCAAGGAUCUGUUAUCUCCAAACAUGCAUCUCCAUCUUCAUCUUCGCGACACAAUCAAGGACUUUGGGCCUGUUUAUGGGUACUGGCUCUUUAGUUUUGAGCGAUACAACAGCGUCCUAAAGAAUAUCAAUACCAACAGAAGGAGCGGCUUUGAAAUGACAUACAUGAAAACAUUCAUUGAAGAUACCCGUAAAGGCGAUUUUGUUCGCAAUUUCUUGAAGACAUCUGGUCCAUUCAAUUUCUCCGGCAUCUUCGAUAAAUUGGUAACUGGUUAUAGUCCUGCUGAUUCUACAACUAGCACCGCCUUGUACAAUUGGUUCUCUCUACCAGACUUUCUUGAUGCUGCCGAAAAUCCGAACUUGUCAAUUCGUGGUAACGAGCCUUUGCCGCCAUCAGCGCUGCCCUUGCAAAAAAAAGCGUAUGAGAUGAUGCCAAGACAGGAGUAUGAUUGUUUGGUAGGAUAUUACCAAGCUGUUUACAACGAUCCCACCAUCUUCAGUUGCAAAGACGUGAUUCAAGAUACAGCUUUCGUCAAUGACUGGAUCGAAAUGCUCAAAUCCGUCAACCUCCUUGGACAGACAUUCAAGGGAAGUAGAGAAGGUCGAAAUGGAGCAAAGUAUGCGUAUGUCAGAGAGAUUCAGUACCUAUUUGUUCACUCAUUUAGUCCACUUGUUUCUACUCCACAUCACAGAACACCCCAAAGUAGCCAACAUACAUUUGCUUAUGUAAAAUGGUACAAGGCUUCCAAGGAGACAAGUAGAAAAAUUGCAGGCGUAGAAAUAUGGGAUGUCGCGUUUUCUUUGCCUGACUUUCAAAGCAUCUUGCCAGUGCACCGAAUUCUCCUUCCUGUUGCAAUUGUUGACCAUACAACAUUACGAAAUAUCAGCAAAAAACUUAUUGUUCCUUUGCCUAGAAAACUUUACUUUUAA